GCUAAAAGAUGUCAGUCGUCCCUGGAGUGCUUGCAUCGCGGCGCAGUUCGUUAAGGCCUUCUUGAGUGCUAAUUUUGAUGAUAACAGACAAGAAAUGAGUUUUCACUUUUGAGCUUCUUUAGAUGAAAGUCAACUCUUCCGACUUCGAAAACACUACAUACAUGCAAACAAAAACAAAUGUUGAACUUGCAGAAAUAGAAACAUCCACAUCCCAGGACUUUCCCUUUUCCUCCCCCCUUCCCCGCUUCCUCCCCUUUCCCGGCUUCCUCUCCUCCUCCCCCGUCUCCUCCCCUUUUCCCAGCAGCUAGUAGUCCUAAACCGAAAAAACUUUUACAACAUCCUGAGUCAAAAUCAAUGAUGUUACAGUAGAAACAAACAACAAUCUUUUCAGGACACAUGUUAGUAGAAACAAACUCUCCGUCACCUACAACUUGAACCUCCAACUCUUACUUGUCCCAUUACCAACCCUAAUCCCUAACCCUAACCACUUCUAACGCCGCGCGUCGCUGGGGUCUUUCUCUCGACGUGCUUUUUCCU